AUGGCCUUUGUACUAGCCGGAGAGGUGCAGUGGCAUGAGGGAGAGAAGAAGAUGCAUGAACUGAUGCACGUUCCGUACGAGGAGAACCCAACAGCGGCUUUCUUGAGCCCUGGAGCAGCUGCACUAGUCCAAAAAUGUCCUCUGCUUGCAUUGGGGACACUGGAUAAACAAGGCCGUCCAUGGAGUACAGUAUGGGGUGGCCAGGCUGGAUUCGUUGGUCCAGUUGCUCAAUCCAUCAUCGGAAUAAGGAAUGUUAUCGACGGAACCCAUGAUCCCGUCGCAGAAACACUACUUGGCGGCGAAUUGGCCGGCACCAUUGUCAAGGAACCCCCGCCAGGAAGACUAAUGUCCGCGUUGCCUAUUGACAUGGAGAAUAGGAGACGUGUUAAGUUGAUGGGACGGAUGGUGGCAGGCUCUAUGGAAGUGGAUACCCAAGAAGACCCUGGAAACAGAAGUAUAAACGAUCCUAGCUUAGGGAAGUCUGCCCAAAUACAGUUAGUUAUGAAAGUUGAGGGAAGCUUAGGAAAUUGUCCCAAAUAUAUUAAUAAGAAACACAUCACACCAGCACUACCACAUCCCAAACUAAUAUCAAACUCGCCUCAUCUCCCUCAGGAGGCACUUGACCUACUCGGUCGAAUAGAUACCCUUUUUGUAGCCAGUUCCCAUGGAAAUGACUCUAUGGACUCUAAUAUUCGUGGAGGCCCAGCAGGUUUUGUUCGGUUGCUCUCCAACGAUAGUACGGGCGCCGUCAUAGUAUACCCAGAAUAUUCAGGGAACCGUUUAUAUCAGACUCUAGGCAACCUCCAAACAACGCCCCUUGCAGGGUAUGCGUUUCCAGAUUUUGAGUUAGGGCACAUUUUAUAUAUCACCGGAAAAACGGAGGUCCUAGUAGGAAAAGAUGCAGCGAAGAUACUUCCCAGAUCAAACCUCGCCGUCAGAGUUAGUGUCACUGCUGCCAGAUACGUAGAAAAUGGUCUUUCAUUUCGUGGGGAGGCAAUGCAGCGGUCCCCUUACAAUCCAGAAGUGCGGUAUCUGGCUUCUGAGAAGCCAGCUCCCGGCAGCCGACUUCCCGAUAAUGCGGAUACGCGAGUCAUCUUGGUUAAAAAGGAUGUGAUCACCCCUACUAUUAAUCGAUUCAAAUUUAAGGCAUCUGACCCUUCCACUAUUUUCAAAUGGAUACCAGGACAGUAUGCUACUGUUUCGUUCCGAGAGGAGCUAGACAUGGGAUACAGCCACAUGAGAGAUGAUGACCCCACAAGUAUCAAUGAUGACUAUAUUCGCACUUUCACAGUGUCAUCACAUCCUGGGCGCAAUCUUGCCAAGAACGAAUUCGAGAUCACGGUCAGGAAAAAGGGGAAUGCCACCAGCCACCUAUUUAGGGCCAGCGAAAGAAGUGGGUUGGAGCUAUCGCUUCGUGGGUUUGAUGGGAGUUUUCGAUUUGAGUGCUCCGGAUCAACCCAGUGCGUUGGCCAUGAUAGUUGCGCUCUUCCCUUCGUAGCCGGUGGGAUAGGAAUCACACCCCUCCUCGCACAGCUCCCGGAUAUUGAUAUGUCCCGACUAAAGCUUUUGUGGUCGGUGUCGAUGAAAGAUGUUGGACUUGUAUAUGACGUUUUUGAACAAUAUCCUACCCUACCAAAUGCCACUACUGUGUUUCUUACUUCCGGCUCCCCCACCAUUGAAAAGGAUAUGGAUGAAGGUGAUAAGAAGGCGCUUAUCUCGAUGACCUCUUCAGGGGCAAAAAUAGAGCGCCGACGAUUGACAAAGGAAGAUCUCUCCGCUGUGCCUGAUGCAGAUGUCUGGUAUAUCUGUGCUGGCACCGAGCUAAAGACGGCUGCUACUAUUUGGCUAACAGGGAAGAAGCUUAUCUACGAGGACUUCAACUAUUGA